AUGUCGCAAGAAAACGACGAUUUCGACGCUCCUCCGUCCCCUAUAUUCUUGGGGCGAAUGGGGUUGAUCAUCGAGAUCAGAGAAGCGAACGGGAGACGCAGACAAAAACGCGUUUUGGAAGAAGCUUAUCGCGAAAUGUUGACUAGACAAUUCGAAGAAAACCGAAAGCGACAAGACGGUUGCUGGAGCAAUUACCUACUAGAAGCGGAGGCGCGCGAGAGACAAUUGCAAGCAGGGGAAGAAAUCCAACAACGGACGUCACCGGAGGAACCCAUGCCGUCCACUUCGGGUCUGGGAAACUCCUCGCUCGCCGGCGUACGUUCGGAAGCAGUGUUCGAUAUGGACGACGACGACGACGACGACGAUGCCAUAAAUGCGUCGUUUGUCACGUCCGACGGGGUGAUGCAGGCAAGUGGUGCUGGGAUCGAACAAGACGAAGAAGAAACGACGCUGGCCCACCUCGAAGUGUACGAAGAGCGAGAAAAAUUUUAUCCCCGAUUCGGAUUGACCAGUCGUUUAUUGGAGUUCCGUUUCAAACCAAUGUCGGACGAAGCGAAUCCGGCAACAUGGUUAGAGAACGGCAUGAGGGAACUCCUGCGAAAGGUUCUGGUGGACGUAUCUCCGGACGAUUGGGUCGGGAUGGUGCUGACUAGCGAGAACUUUGUCGAACGACCGCUCGCUAUUUCGUUCAGGAAAAGAAGCCAGAUGUCGUUCGUGGGCAUUAGCCGUCGCCAUAGAAAAACGUAAAGCUCCCGAGGAGAGUCAAUAUCAUUUGAUGCGGCGCUGCAAUUUCGUAAUCCAGAAGGCCGCGGAGAAGUUGUGCCAGAGAGCGGGAGUUAGGUCAUCCGGCCUGUGUGCAAGGACAAGACAGCGGGCGGACUCAGCAUUUCUUAACAAUAUAAAUAUGUAUUUUUUACAUUGUAGGCCACUUUUAGUCGCACUUGUGUAACGGUCGUAAUAAAGCUUUUUUCCUUGUUUUUAAAAA